CAUCGCAUUCGCAUAGCCCAGACCCAAAAGGAAAAUAAUCAAAGAACACAAUCAAAUUUUUUACUCUCCACUUUUCUCUCGCAAAAAAAAUUGAAAACCCUAGACAGCGUUUUUCUUCCAUGCUUCCUCUCUCUAUGCCUACUUCAUGAGCCAUUGGUGGUCAAAAUUAUCGGACAUUUUUCCAAAUUUAGGAGAUAUAAGUUCGAAGCUGCCGUUGGGAAGCACAAGUAUUCAUAGAAUGAGCACCCAAGACAGAAGGGCACAUCCGAUUAGGUAUACAAGGAACCACUCAAGAAGGAAGGCGGUACUAGAUGUGGAUCUAAAUGCCACACCCCCAGCUGAUAAUAGGGAUCAGGAAGGAACUUCAAGUCGUGCUGUUCCUGGGGAUGUGCCACCUGCACCAAGGGGUGCGUCUUUGACACCUGCCCUAAUUGAUGUUGAGGCACUUGAUGAUGAUGUGAUAAUAUCUUCUCCAAGGGCAUUUGCAGAAGCAAAAAACAACUCCAUAAGGACUCGUGGACAGGUUAUUGUGGUUGAUGAGGAUUCUGAGGAUCGUUUGCCUAAGGCUAACAGUCGCAACAAGCGCAGAAGGGUCUUAACUAAUGAUCCAACAUUAAUUGGUGACAUUUACAUAAACCUAGAAGCAAAUAGCAGCUUAAAGACAGUCGCUGCACAGAGUGUUGUACCACCAAAGCCAAAAGAACCCACAUUUAGCUGUCCUGUAUGCAUGGGUCCACUAGUUGAGGAGAUGUCAACGAAAUGUGGUCAUAUCUUCUGCAAGGGUUGCAUCAAGGCUUCUAUAGCUGCUCAGGGUAAAUGUCCUACUUGUAGGAGGAAAAUUACUAUGAAAGACACCAUAAGGGUGUAUCUUCCUACCACAAGUUGAGAUAAAGGGGUCGGCCAGCAUUUUAUUUGGCCUAUGAAGUAAGUGUGCUUGUAGAGGCAGCUUAUUGUUAAAACUACCUGGGUUGAGGAAAUAUUGGAGAUUUCGGGAGGAGGGUUGUGGGGAUUAUGAUUUUAGUUCUUUGUUAAGACUGAAAACUUAGACCAUAGCUAAUGCCGUGCUUCUUUCUGGGCUUUCAAAGUUUAAGUUCAUGAACUUGUGUUUAAUGCAUUCUGGUUGUUUGAUCAGACAUAUUUUCUGUCCCAACCUCUUAUUUUCCUUAUGGUUCAAUCGUGAUGAAGAAAACAAAACAAAAAAAAAGAAAGAUAUCCUGUAGAACACUUGGUAUUUGAGGGAAAAUUUGUGCGUUCUUGAUGUAGUGAAGUUUUAUUCUAUCUUUUCAA